AUGGCACCCGUCCUGCGGGCACGACAGAGCUUGCCCAGGGACAAGUUUUCGUCGUAUUUCAGCGGCUUGCGCAGCCAGCCUUACAACGAUCCCAACUCUAGGGGCGUUUCGCACACAUUGCGAGCUAUUGCGUGGAAUCCGCUGGGGACGUUGGUGGCGACGGGGUCUGCGGACAAGACUUUGCGAGUUUGUACGUUUCAUUUUUCCUUUCCUCUUCUUUGGGAUUGCUGCUGUCGUGAGAAAAAGGGGGGGCAGUCUGUUGAUCUUGCGGCAGGGAACCCUGAGAAACCACACGUCAAGUUCUCGACGGAACUCAAGGGCCACGGCGCGUCCGUGGAAAAAGUAGCGUUUAACCCGACAAAGGACGCGGAGCUGUGUAGCGUGAGCGCGGAUGGCGUCGUCAAGUUCUGGGAUGUCAGGACCAAGGCGUGCUUCAACGAGGUCAAGGGCUUGGGCGACGCGUUGAGUCUGGUCUGGGCGCCGGACGGGGAGACGUUGAUUGUGGGCAACAAGGCUGACAACAUCUACGUCCUCUCGCCGCGGCAGUCGACGCCGCUGUCAUCGCACCAGCAGAGCAUGCAGACUAACCAAAUAGCAUUUUGUUUCAGCGGCACCAAGAUAUUCCUCACCACGUCCGAGGGCAAGAUCCGCAUACUGUCGUAUCCUGGUUUUCAGCCGCUCUUGAUGCAGGCCCGGGACGGCGAGGACCACGAGUACAUGCUCAACGGACAUACCUCGUCGUGCUUGACGGUUGAGAUGCAGCCCACCGCGAGGUAUUUGGCCACGGGCGGCUCGGAUUCUAUUAUUGCGCUGUGGGAUACCAGCGAUUGGUUGUGCCAGAGGACGUUGACGAGAAUGACUGGCCCAGUGAGGAGUAUAAGCUUCACGUUUGAUGGGAGCUAUGUGGUUGGCGGUAGCGACGAGGGAAGCGGCCUGGAGGUGUCGCACGUAGAAACAGGCGAGCACGUUCACACAUUUAAGACGGCGGGUUCGUCGCCUGUGGUUGCAUGGGCUCCGACUCGCUACUGUCUGGCAUACAGCGAUCUGGGUAUUCUUCGAAUCGUCGGCGUGGACGUUGACAGGAAAUAA